CAGAUGGUCAAGUCGCGAUGGUCAUGGUACAACCGAUUGCGCGCGAUUCGGGGCGAGAUCGUGCGCGGGAUCAGUUCCAGUUUUGCAAAACCAGGUUUAAAAGUUAAACCUAGCGCGUUACACUCACUUUUUUUCACGAAUUUUCCAGUGAACAGUGAUUUAGUGAUUGGAAAUAACAGAAUUGAAAAAUGAAACCACUGAAGACAUUCUUGGGAUGUGCAAGUCUCAGAACGGGGACUCUCGUGGCUGGAGUAGCCGGAAUUGUUCUGGCAAUAAUUGGGAUUAUUGUAAUUUACACAGUGCAAGUUGAAUUUAAAACAAUAGUUUUAGAUUGGCUUCCACAGGAUGUAGUUCGUAUUAUUAUUGUGAUUAAUUUCGCUAUGGCUAUUCUUAUUUCAAUACUCUUAAUCGCAGGGACUUUAAAGAGAAACGCCUUUUUGAUGAUGCCUUGGGUAAUUCUAGCUAUUAUGUUGGCAAUAGGUUUAUUAGUUUCGGUAAUUUACACCGCCGUUCAAUUUUAUAUUAAUGGUAAAUCAAUAGAAGGAACAAUUUGGAUUGUUUUGGGCAUCAUUUCAGUUAUUAUUUACGUCUACAUGUGGCUUGUCGUCUUUAGUUACUUUACUUUCAUCCGAGAAGAAACCAAACGUGGGGCAUAUAUUAAAGAUCCAUUCAGACGACACUAUUAGAAAAAACUUGAGUGUUUUUAUUCAACCAAAGACAAAAUUGUUUAUUACAUCAAACUUGAAGGACUUUUUUCUACUUAAUUUUAAUUUUACUAGUCUAAAUGUGAAAUGUAACACUUUUUACGUUCAAUUAUGUACAUACAGAUACAUUUAUAAUGUUGAUAUUAUUGCAAGAUAUUAAUUUUUUUAUGAUGUAGAUUUUUAGUGUCUAUUUAUUAUUGUUGAAAUAAUCUGCUAAUAGUGCUAAUCCACUUUAAUAAAUGUUUAUUUUGCUA